AUGAUUUCAGCUUGUGCAAGGCCUACCAAUCCGGACCCCAACCUUGUGAUAGACCCUGACAAGACUUCUUACGGAGAUUGGGCACACAUUGCCAUCUCCUGCUCACCUGGUUACGAGAUGACUGGACCGGGUUCGAGCUACUGUUACCCGGAUGGUACCUGGGAUCCUAAUCCAGAUAUUGCGAUGUGCACAGUGGAGCAGGACGUAGCCGAGUCUCGACAGAACAACCAUCGUGUCGAACCGCAAGGAGUGCCGUGCCCUAAACCAACUUUUACGGACCCAGCGGUGGUAAUCACACCAGAACAGGACUCCUACGAUACGCAUGAGACAGUCACUGCCUCCUGCUCAAGCGGGACAUUAUUAGGAGAUGAUGUCGGGGUAUGCUUAUCAGAUGGAACAUGGGAAUUCACAUCGGACCCAUCAUGCCUAAGUGAUUGUCAUGCUCCACCGAACAGCAAUGUCACUGGUUCUUACGCACACGCCUCUGUGGUGGCAUUCUCUUGCUCUCAAGGGUUCAGCCUGAGUAUCGGUUUGGACUCUGUAGCUUCAACUUGUGUCGAUGGGGCAUGGAGUCCACCAAUCGCUUGUGAAUCAACUGGCUGCUCCCCACCCUCUGUUCCACCAAAGGCGACUAUCGAGGAUCCUCAAAGUUACCCGUAUAAAUAUAAUUCAAGAGUGAUCAUGAAGUGUAUUGGUGACAGGACCUUGUCUGGUCCAGCGUUCUCAUAUUGCAACAAAACCGGCCAAUGGGACCCAGACCCUAUGACAAUCAAGUGCCUCGAUCAGUGCGUGACACCGCCCUUCGAUGACCCGAAGAUCAUUCACACGUCACAGCUAUCGGGGAGCUCCGGCCAGUCCUUCUACGACCAUUCAGACACCAUCAGGUUCUCAUGCGAGGGUGGCAUCUUCGUGGAUGGACCGUGGAAGGCUGCCUGUCACGACGGCACCUGGUUUCCGCACAUUGGCGGUCACCGUCCAGUUUGUAAAAACAACUGCACCGCACCAGAGAACAUGUUGAACGCGGGGGCGGUGUUCCACCAUUCCGAUAGUCACGUGUUUGAGUGUGAUGGAACCCCGGGAAUGAUGAGGAUGGGCGGACCGAGGUCGGUCUGCAAGCACGGGGUCUGGACGCCAAGAAUACGAUGUGCAUUGAAUAAAGAUCUGAGGAGUAAGCCCUAA